AUGUUGGCCUCCUCCAUCCAGCGCCGGGCAUUCUCCGCGUCGGCGCGCAACCUCUCCAAGGUCGCCGUCCUCGGUGCCGCCGGCGGUAUCGGCCAGCCGCUCUCUCUUCUCCUCAAGAUGAACACGCGCGUCACCGACCUGGCUCUGUACGACAUUCGUCUCGCUCCCGGUGUCGCCGCCGACGUUUCCCACAUCAACACAAAGUCCACGGUCAAGGGCUACGAGCCGACGCCGAGCGGCUUGGCUUCGUGCCUCAAGGGCUCCGACAUCGUCCUCAUCCCCGCCGGCGUUCCCCGCAAGCCCGGCAUGACCCGUGACGACCUCUUCAACACCAACGCCUCCAUCGUCCGCGACCUCGCCAAGGCCGUGGCCGAGUCGGCGCCCAAGGCCAAGGUCCUCGUCAUCGCCAACCCCGUCAACUCGACCGUCCCCAUCUGCGCCGAGGUCUUCAAGGCCAAGGGUGUCUACAACCCCAAGACGCUCUUCGGCGUCACCACGCUCGACGUCGUCCGCGCCAGCCGCUUCGUCUCCGAGAUCAAGGGAACCGACCCGAAGGACGAGGAGAUCACCGUCGUCGGCGGCCACUCGGGCGUCACCAUCGUCCCGCUCUUCAGCCAGAGCAAGCACCCCGACCUCAGCGCCAACGCCGACCUCGUGAAGCGUGUCCAGUUUGGCGGCGACGAGGUUGUCCAGGCCAAGGACGGCGCCGGCUCGGCCACGCUAUCCAUGGCCAUGGCCGGUGCCCGCAUGGCCGACUCGCUGCUCCGCGCCGCCGACGGCGAGAAGGGCGUCACGGAGCCGACCUUUGUCGACUCUCCCCUCUACAAGGACCAGGGCAUCGACUUCUUCAGCAGCCUCGUCGAGCUUGGCCCCAACGGCGUGGAGAAGAUCCUUCCCAUCGGCAAGGUCGAUGCCAACGAGGAGAAGCUCGUCGCCGCAUGCCUUGGCGACCUCAAGAAGAACAUCGAGAAGGGUGUCGCCUUCGUUGCCCAGAACCCCGGCAACUGA